AUGGCUCUGUUGGCUAAGGUGUACAAAACGCGAAGAUUUGAAAUGAAUCAAACUGUAGGCGAUGUACUUCAUGUGCGACUCACAAAUGGGCCAAACAGAUGUGCAGGUCGUGUUGCAAUAUUUUAUUUUGGAAGCUGGUAUAAAGUUUGUGGCUAUUCAUGGGAUAUGAACGAUGCACAGGUUUUGUGCAGACAACUUAAUUGUGGCUCCGCUGUCGCUGCGUUGAGAAAUUCCUAUUAUGGACAAGGUUGGUUAUAUCCUCUGAUGACAGGAGUGAGCUGCACUGGCUAUGAAGAUUUUUUAUGGAACUGUCCUUAUGAACAUUGGCCCAGUUCAUGUGACUAUUAUGGGGAUGCCGGUGUGAUAUGUUCAGCUUUUGAAAGAAAAGAACUACCAGAAGACAUGACACCAGAACCCAGUAUCUUCUUUACGUCCACUUCAACCCCAAAUAAAAUGUUUACUCCUGCAGAAUCACUGAUGACAGCUAAUAAGGGCAUAUCACUGAGGCUGAAGAAUGGAAGCAGUAGGUGUGAAGGGUGCAUUGAAAUUUAUUAUGAAGGGCACUGGGGCAUGGUCUGCAAUGAUUCAUGGGACAUGAAUGAUGCGCAGGUCGUAUGCAGCCAGCUUGGAUGUGGUCAGGCCAUUGCAGCCCCAGGAAAUGCCAGCUAUGGCCACAGCUCUGGACAUGUCCUCCUGGAUGAUGUGAAGUGCAGUGGGAAUGAAUCUGUUUUGUGGCAGUGCUCUCACAAUGGGUGGGGCACCCAUAACUGUGGUCCUCAGGAAGAUGCCAGUGUCAUCUGCUCAGGUGCUUCUACUCACAUUCCUAUACCUCAUGUGCUUCAUGGGAAUAGUAGUAUGAAAAUAUCGCUGAGGCUGGAGAAUGGAAGCAGUAGGUGUGAAGGCCGCGUUGAAAUAUAUUAUGAAGGGCAGUGGGGCACAGUCUGCGAUGAUUCCUGGGACAUGAGUGAGGCUCAGGUCGUUUGCAGCCAACUUGGAUGUGGCAAGGCCAUUUCAGCACCAGGAAAGGCCCACUAUGGCCAGGGCUCUGGAAAUAUUCUCCUAGAUGAUGUGCAGUGCAAUGGGAAUGAAUCCUCUUUGGAGCAGUGCUCUCAUAGAGGGUGGGGUACCCAUAAUUGUAAGCACCAGGAAGAUGCCAGUGUCAUCUGCUCAGAAAUCUCACUGAGACUGGAGAAUGGAAGCAAUAGAUGUGAAGGCCGUGUUGAAAUUUAUUAUCAAGGACAGUGGGGAACAGUCUGUGAUGACUCUUGGGAUAUGAACAAUGCUCAGGUUGUGUGCAGGCAGCUUGGAUGUGGCCCUGCCAUUUCAGCCCCAGGAAGUGCCCGCUAUGGUCAAGGCUCAGGAAAUAUUCUUCUGGAUUAUGUACAGUGCAGUGGGAAUGAAUCCUACCUGAUGCAGUGCUUUCACCUGGGGCGAGCCACCCAUAACUGUGUCCACUGGGAAGAUGCCAGCGUCAUCUGUUCGGGUACUUUCUGCUUUAUAGUCCCAGGUUAUGCUACACUGUGGUUCCUGAAGGAACUGAAACAUCUGAAUCUACUGGAACUGGUCAUUAUAAUCCAGAGUAACAUCAUUAACUUGAUUGAUAACAUGAAUUUUGCUGAAAAAAAGGAAGGGUGUCCCAGGGCUUCUGGCUCUAUUUGUCCUUACACCAGUUCCUGCUUCAGUAAGGGAUCAGAAAAUAUUCUCCUGGAUAAGGUGCAGUGCAGAGGGAAUGAAUCUGGCCUAUGGCAGUGUGUACAUACGGGAUGGUUGUGCCAUGAUUGGAAGCAUGAGGAAGACACCACUGUCAUCUAUUCACGCAUCUCCAAAAAGACAAAAAGGAAACCAUCUACCCCAGCACAAACACCUAGAGCUACUGAAGCUGUAUUCCCCAUACGACUGGUGAAUGGAAGGAGAAGCUGUGAGGGCCGGGUGGAAGUUUACUUCAAUGGAACAUGGGGAACUGUUUGUGAUGAUCUCUGGGGCAGAAAAGAUGCACAAGUCAUAUGCAGGCAGGUUGGAUGUGGCAACGUCAUGUCAGCACCUGGGAAAGCCUAUUUUGGUCCAGGCUCUGGAGAAAUUAUGUUGGAUAAUGUGCGUUGCACUGGAAGUGAAAGACAUCUCAGUCAAUGUAAACAUGCAGGAUGGUUGACUCACAACUGUGACCAUAAUGAAGAUGCCAGUGCCAUUUGUUCAGGCACAGCAGACAACACAGAUACCUUCUCUGCUUCCAUCUCCAUCAUGGAGGAAAGUAGAACCACCUCUACUCCAGGAUUACUGACUUCUGCUUACAGAACCUCAGUGAAUGAUACAAGGCAACCAGAUCAUUUCAUGUCCUUCACCUCCCUGCAACAGGACAGUCAAACAACCUCUACUUCAGAAUCACAAACCAUAACUCAUGAAGGCAUUGGAGGGGCCACAGAUUCAGCCUCUGCUUCCACUUCCACCACAGAGGAGAGUAAAGCAACCUCCACCCCAGAGCCCUUGACUACGGUACUGAAUGGUGCUACGGAGUCCACAGAUUCUUUCUCUGCUCCUACCGCCACCACAAAGGACAGUGAAACAAGCAAUACCCCAGAAAUCUUGACCACAGGUUUGGCUGGCACUGAAGAACCCACAGAUUCAUUUUCUGCUCCUGUCUCCACCACAGAGGAGGCUAAAGAAACCCCUGCUCCAGAACCCUCGCCUACAACUGUCGACGACCCUACAGAUUCCUCCUCUGCUCCCAGCUCCACCAGAGAGGAGAGAGAAGAAACCACUGCAGAACCCUCGACUACAGCGGCGGAUGGCACUCCAGAGUCCACAGAUUCCUUCUCUUCUUCCACCACCAUCACAGAAGAGAGUGAAACAAUCACUACUCCAAAAUCACUGACAACUGCUACUGAUGAAGACACAACACCAGAACCCAGUAUCUUCUUUACAUCCACUUCAACCCCACAUGAAAUGUUUACUACUGCAGAAUCACUGAUGACAGCUAAUGAGGAUACUGGAAGCACAACCCCUGUAGCAGCAAAUCAUGUUGAAGUCUACCACAGAGGAAGCUGGACAACCAUCUGUGAUGAUACCUGGGACAAAAAUACUGUGGUUGUAUGCAGACAGUUUAGGUGUGGAAAGGCCACUGCAGUCCAGAUCAGUGCUUAUUUUGGUAAAGGCUUUUAAAGUAUUUUCCUAGAUGAUGUGCAGUGCAAAGGGAAUGAACCCUCUCUGAAGCAGUGCUCUCACAGAGGUUGGGGUCCCCAUAACUGUGUCCACCAUGAAGAUGCUGGUACCAUCUGCUCAGUGACACUUUUAUGCCAGCCAACCUACAUGCAUGCAGUCAUUCAAGUAGCUUAUAUCAGGUCCAAAGGCUACUCUGCAUUGUCUCUUCACUUGAAUGACCAAAACUGUAAACCAAUCCUGAAUCCUUACACUGCAGUAUUCUACAUACGAUAUGGUACCUGUGGGACAAGAAAAGAGCUACAUAAUGGAAUUAUCAGGUAUUCCAACACAGUCACAGCAUCCACUUUUGGAAGUGAUUUCACCAAGAAGAAGAAUAACCUGCUACAACUCACCUGCAAAGUGGACCAGAGAACAAAUAUCCCUGUUAAACAGCCUGCACCUGAAGUAGCUCAUCACAAACAGUUCAUUGUAAAAUUUUCUUUUUAUGCCUCAUCAUCUGUGUUACACCCAAUGAAUUCUCCGCCAUUCUAUGUAAAAAAAAAUCAGGAUUUAAUAGUUCAAGCCACCAUCUACAGCUCUGAUCCAAACCUGAUACUAUUUGCUGACACUUGUGUGGCACAUCCUAAUCUCCAUGACUUUUCAACAGUGGAAUAUGAUUUAAUCAGCAGAGGGUGUACAAGAGACUCCACCUACUCUAAUUCCUACUCAUCAGACAGAAGGAGCAUGCGGUUCAAAUUUAAACCUUUCAGGAUGCCAAACAGAUAUUCUGCACUUUACCUGCAUUGCAAAAUGGUGGUGUGCAAGAAAUAUGAUUAUUCUUCUCAAUGCUACCAGGGCUGUCUUCCUAAAAGCAACAGAAAUAAGGGUUAUGGAGAGGAGAAAGAGGAAGCAACACCCAAACAGGAAGCUGAAGUCAGUCCGGGGGCUCCUGAAGACGAGUCGGAUACAGAAGAAAAAAUCCAAAAAUUUGAUGCUUGGAUAUUAGAAAGAAGAAGGCUGAACGCUGAGGUGGAGGGCUCUGAGGACUUUGAAGAACGACUCAAGUACAAGGUUCCCCUCAAUAAGCAAGAAAAAGAAAAAUGGGAAAAAAUCAAGGCGUCCAGACCAGUGAGUAAGGCUGAAAGCCAGCCAGCAGAGCCCGACGACCUCAAGUCCCCACCACCCAAGAGACGCCAGUCCUGUCGGAAAGGCGUUGUCCCUGUGAUCAAUGUUCCCUACCCUCAUGCCCUCGUACUGCUGCUCUACCUUCUGCGCAAAAAGAAGCUCAGGAUGGUAGACUUAUUCAAAAAGUCAAAGAUGACAAGUAAGAAUAUCACAAGAGAAGAAUUCUUUAAAGUUAUACAGGCGACUGGUGUCCCUAUCACUGAUAAGGAGCUGGAAGAUGCAUUCAUCUAUCUUACUACAUCAGCACCAAAGCCCAGGAAUUUUGUAUGCAGUGAAGAUAUUGUCAAGUGUCAAAGGAUGUGGAUGCCAGCCUUGCAAAAUUAUAUCAGGGACAGGCAUGAAGAACGUCUCCUCAAUUUUAUUGAGAAAGCUACUGCCUAUACUGUUGAAGUGACCUCUGCCGCAGAGCUGAGCAAGUUAACACUAUUAGAAGUUCCUCCUGUCAACACUGAAGAGUGCAGGCCUAUGACAGAUGAAGAUAUCGAGGAGGUUGGCAAGCACUAUCGAGAGUGGAGGCGAUUGAAGAAGGUGUGGAAGACAGUGAAUCCACUUGAAUGGGCAGAACAGUGUCGGCUGGUGAGAUGUGGAGAUAGAGCUGUUGAUGACCACUGCCUGCCAUCCAUGAUGGAGGGGGAAGUAGCAGAAUCCGUUAACCGCUAUCGGCAGGUAGCCCACCAGAGCUAUGUACGGUGUGUCAAGCUGUGCAAAGAGCAAAAUAUCCCAGUCACUGAGGACACAUUGGCGAAAGUCCUGCUGCACCCAGGAGACAGAAUAAUAAAAGAAGGAAAACACAUGUUAAAGAUUCGGCAGCCAGGAGCUUACUAUAACCCUAUACCUGGUGGAGGAACCUUCCAGGUGCACCCUUGGACAGGCGGAGGUGUAUUAAAACGCUCCUGGAAAGUGGAAGAGGAGGCAAUAUAUGGCCCAUAUGAUACACAGAGGGAACAAGAAGAGAAGCAGAAGGCCUGGAUUUCAUCUGAACAAGAUGAGCCAGAAAGCCUAGAAGAUAUACAGAUGAAACAAUAUGAAGCUCAGGCCAUGUGGAUGUCAUCUAAAAGAUAUGUGCUAGAAAGACCAUAUGAUACAGAUACGGAAGAUGACGACGAAACCGUAUGGAUUACACCUGAAGUUUACUGGCAAUUCCAAAGUCCCACUAAGAAGAGCUCUAGAAGGAAGGAAAAAAGGGUAAGAUUUCCUGAGAUCCAGACUGGGACUGGCAACACAGCCAAGGACCUCUUGAGAACCAGCAGAGCAUCAGAUGCAGGGCUGAGGAGAAACGGAUUGGAAAGUUUGGUCCAAGACAUACUCUUUCAUGAUCCCGGGAACCUCCUCAUUGCCACUGUGUUUCUCAGCAAGACUUCAGGAAAUAAAAAGUACAUAAAGCUACAACAUGAUGAUUAUAUGCAACAGAACAGUUACGAAAUGGAAGACGCUGGGUGUGGCGCCAGUCUUGGGGAAGAGAGAAAAGCAUUUCCAAUUGAUCUGUAUUCAAAUGAAAAAUGUACCUGGAAAAUACAGAGAUCAGAAAACAGCAUCCGGCUCAUUUUCUCCUAUUUUCAGCUUGACCCUUAUGCAAGUUGUGAAAUGGAAAAUAUUAAAGUGUACGAUGGCCCCACAAGUAAUUCACCUCUGCUAGGACAAGUAUGCAGUAAUAUUGACUCAGUUCCAGUAUUUGAAUCCUCUUCAAACAGUUUAUCUUUUCAAGUUACAACAGAUUCCAUGGACCUUAAACGGAGCAUCUUUGCAUUCUAUUAUUUCUUUCCAGCAGGCUCAAAAACUGAAGACUGUGGGGGUCUUCUUACAAGUCCUGAAGGAACGUUGACCAGCCCCAACUACCCCAAACCUUAUCCAGAGUUCACAUACUGCGUCUGGCACAUACAAACAGCAGAAAACUCAAAGAUAAAUUUAACAUUUACUGACCUAUUCCUAGAACUAGAUCCGAACUGCAAAUUUGAUUUUCUUGCAAUCUACGACGGCCCCUCCACAAAGUCUGGUUUAAUUGGACAAGUCUGUGGUCGCAGCCGGCCCACAUUCGAAUCUACUUCAAAUACUAUGACUAUUGCACUGUCUACAGAUUAUGCCAAUUCUUACAGAGGGUUUUCUGUGCACUACACCAGUAUUCCCCUGCCAAAUCCUAAGCCCAACACAUCCCUUACUUGUUCUUCAGACAUCAUGACAGUUGUUCUAAGUGACACUUACCUGGUUUCACUUGGCUACAGUGAAAAUAAUUUACAGUUGAAUGAUCCAACUUGCAGACCAAUUUCAACAAGCCCAGUGAUAUUUUCCUUCCCACUAACCAGCUGUGGAACAGUUAAAAUGAAGGAAGGUAAUAAAAUUACUUACACCAACCUCAUCGCAGCGUCACAAACUGGUGAGAUCAUCACUCAUCAAAAAAACCUGCAGAUUUUUGUGAAGUGUGAAAUAGAAAAUAAUUCAACAGUUGAAAUUUUCUAUGCAUCGGAAGAUGGUAUAAUACAAAACUCAAGUGCUCUUGGUAGAUACAACGUUAGCAUGUCAUUGUAUGAAUCAAAUUUAUUUGCCAGGCCCAUACUGGACUCUCCAUAUUACACAGAUUUGAACAAAACCCUCUUUGUUCAAGUUAGUCUUCAGUCCACCGAUGCAGAUCUUCUGGUGUUUGUUGAUACCUGUGUGGCAUCCCCCAACCUUGAUUUUGGAUCACCCACAUAUGCCUUAAUCCAAAAUGGGUGUAUUAAGGACGAUACUUAUAUGAACUACCCACUGCUUCAGCACUAUGGCAGAUUCAAAUUUAAUGCCUUUAAGUUCCUGAGAAACCAUGCUUCAGUGUACCUCCAAUGUCAAGUUUUAAUUUGUGACAGCAAUGACAGUAAUUCUCGCUGUACUCAAGGCUGUGCGCCUAGACAGAAAAGAGAUAUUUCUUCAUACAAAUGGAAAGCGAAUGCCGUGAUUGGACCCAUCCGCCUGAAACGAGAUCGCAGUUCUGUAGAUCACUUAGAGUCUCUGUCUGAAGCACAUCCUGGAAAAACCCAGAACCUGCAGCAAAACAGUUUAUAUACCUUUUCAUUUGUGUUAUUGGCUACAAAUGUUAUCUUGGCAGCUGUCAUAGUGAAACGUUACAUCAAAUGCCAAUCAGAAUACAAAUACGAGAAACUACAGGGCUAUUAGCAGGUGCCCAUAUUGGCCAUAAUAGUGCAGUGUGGAGAGAAGUGUAUUGUUAACUUUUAUUCAGGUGUGUUAGUGGUCACCAAGAAAAUAUUCAGUGCUAAAUAAUCAUCACACUUUGAAUUGUUCCAGUGGUAGCAUCUGAAUAUACUCUACAUAGUAGUAAGUCUUAGGACCAUUUAGACAUCGCAGUAGAAUCAAGCUGCCUAUUUACUGAUGUUUCUUGCACAGAAUUCAUUAAAUCUGCAUUUUAUUACUGCCUAUUUCUGGCCACAUCUAAUCAUCUAAUUGCCUAAUGAACUGCACAGUAAACAGCUCAGCAUCUACACCUAUUAGGGCACACAAAUUAAUAACUCUACAGCAAGGUAGUACUUGUAUUUACUAAUACAAACUGUGCAGUAUGUAGCACCGCAGACCCACCUGCAGCACCACACACCAGAUAUUUAGGCAUUUCCCAUGCUGCUACCUUGCAGGGUAGGGGUGGUUUUUUUUUGGUCCCUGGACACAGCCAUAGACAUUUACCAGCUGGCUGGGGUACAAGGGUGCUAGCCCUGCACAGGAGCACCUUUGUCUCCCAGCCAGCCUCCCUCCUCCCAUAGUACAUUGAGCCUGGUUGUAGCAGCCCUAGGCUGGCAAGCAAGCCCCCUGCCAGCUGGGG